ACCUGGAGGUUUUCGGCUCAGCCUCCCCCCUGCUCACGGACGUCGGAGACGGCGACUUCCAUUUUUUCCCCGCCCCAGCCCCGACCCUCCUCCUCGUCGUCGUCUUCCUCCCCUUCGCCAUCCUCGCCUUGCGCUCGGAGGCGCCUCUCGCUCCUGCCCGAGGUGAGAGGAAAGGAGGAGGAACGCCGGGGUGGUGUCGGCGAAACGCGCCCGGAGCUUCCCGCCAAGAUGUUGCCGCCUCUCUCCGCCUGGCCCGGCCGGGGGGCGCUCUCCUUGGCCGCCUUGGUCCUUGUCCUCCUCCUUUGCUGGAGUCCCGGUGUUUCAAGGGGAAACAAACUUAAGCUGAUGCUUCAAAGACGAGAAGCCUCUGCUCCAACUAAGGCAGAGGUGUCUGUCAAAGAAGAUAAGGCGAAGGAAUUUUUAAGCAGUCUGAAACGCCAGAAGCGCCAGCUUUGGGACAGGAGUCAACCAGACGUGCAACAGUGGUACCAGCAGUUCCUCUACUUGGGCUUUGAUGAAGCUAAAUUUGAAGAUGAUGUCUCAUACUGGUCAAGCCUAGGCCGUAGUGGCCAUGAGUACUAUGGCGGGUAUUACCAUCAUCAUUACGAUGAAGAUGCACCCAUUGGCCCACGAAACCCUCACACCUUCAGGCAUGGAGCAAGUGUCAACUAUGAUGAUUAUUAAUCUUUUCUCCUCUGCAUGAAAACACCAGAAAGAUUGAUAAGCUCCUCAUCAUAUUUUAGUCUGCUUUUUCAUUUGAACGUGUUUUCUUUAAAAUCAGUAAGAAAAAUUUGAAAUGUUUUUUAUAUCCACUCAGUAGCACACAAUGUAUAUGUGUUAGAAUUAAAGCUUCUUGAUAAACUAGGUCUCCAAAGUAUUUUUUUUUUGAGGGGGACCUAAUGCAGUAUUCCUGUGCAACACAAUGGACAGCCAUUUAUCAUGAGACUUUGGUAAAAUCAUUUUACAAAAUACAGUGUAAAAGUGGCUUAAGAAUAAAUAUCAGAGAAAUAAUGUCAUAAUUGCAGAAAGUUACUGCAGAAUCACAAUGACUAGGAGCCUAUUUUCUCCUCCAAGUCAUCAGUAUCAUGUUUAGUGCAUUAAUAUGAUGUCAGGGUAUGAGCCCUAUUUGGUACAUGUGUCAUUGCCCUAUGGGAGCAACCACUGGGCAAUCUGGUCCACAUUGGCAUUCUAAUGGCAACAACAGUUGUGCUUUCUACAGCUGCAAGGGUAAGAUAUCUGCUGUCACUCUAGGGAAGGUCUCUUUGCAUGAAUUAUUAAAGGAGAGGAAAGCCACACAAAGCUUCUUGAACACCAGCCUCAACUCCGCAGUAAGAUAAACACAGGACCUAAUUAUUGGAGUUGCAAGCAUAAGUGAACUGCAAAUGCACACCGUGUAUCAGAAAAGGCAGGAAGUGGAGGUUAGGCAAGAAUCCUUGCAGCUGCAGUAGUUCCAUCCAAAUAAACCUGUUCAGUGUUAAAACAGCAAAGCUAAUAACAGAGUUACUUACUAUUGUCCAGAAUGCUUCUCACCACUUUAAAUGACACCGGGGAAAAUCCCAUAGUAUAACUUUGCAAACAGUGCAACUUUGAUCCAGCACCAGAAAUGUUUAGUUUACACCAAUGAAAAGCUUUCUAUCCACCCAUUUUAGGUUCUAAACAAAAAAAUUGCCACUGGGUUACCUGUCACCACCACUGAUCAGACAGUGAUUUUUUUUUACUUUGAAAGGCUCCCCAUCUCCAACCCAAAACUCUCAAAGGUUUCCCCAGGAAGACUCAGAAUCUACAAGGGGGGAAGGAGGGGAGGGGAACAGGGAGCUUUCAAUUAAAUGUUUCCAGUGCCUGAUCUAAGCUAUGCCAGGCACAAAGUUAUGCAACAAAAUUUGUCCACUUUUUAAAUAGGAAUUUUACAUCUGUGUAACAGGUCAAUAUGAGCACACCAUUGGAAUUUUGUUACGAAGCACUGC